UAAAUAUAGUCACAUUUUCCAAAAGGUUAAAAGAUAAACACCAGUUACCUACGUCGUUUUGAGAGGACUCAAAAAUUGUUUUAGAAGCCAAGAUGUCAACAGUCGCAGCCUCGUUCUGUGCCAAGUGUCCGGGCGGAAGGUGUGGCUGUACAGGUUCGGCUUGCUGUAGCACCAACUGUAGAUGUCCCGGAUGUAAGGUCAACUGCGGUUGCUUCUCUGCGAAGAGUGCGAACUGUCCCGAUGGAAUUUGUCAGAUGGGAGCUGCGUGCGGGUGUGGCUGUAAGUGCAGCGCCGCAUGCACUUGUCCUAACUGUAAGGCCGGAUGCAAAUGUGGAGGCACCAACUUCGUGUGCU